AUGGCUCCGAUCACAGCUAGCAGGGAGGAAUUUGAUGAAAUUCCUACAGUGGUUGGAAUCUUUAGUGCAUUUGGCCUUGUCUUCACAGUCUCCCUAUUUGCUUGGAUCUGCUGCCAGCGUAAAUCGUCCAAAUCUAAUAAGACCCCUCCAUACAAAUUUGUCCAUGUGCUGAAGGGGGUUGACAUUUAUCCAGAGAAUCUCAACAGCAAGAAGAAGUUUGGAGCAGAUGACAAAAGUGAAGGAAAGAACAAAUUGGUGAUGCCAAAGAAUUCUCUGCAUCUUGACCUGGAGAAGAGAGAUCUGAAUGGCAACUUCCCCAAAACAACGCCCAAAAUCCAGAGCUCCUCAGAUCUUGAGAACUUGAGUCCAAAGCACUUUACAGAAAGGGAGAAAGAUUCAAUAUCUCCUGAUAGCUUGAAGUCCAACAUGUCACUGUCUUCUGAAGAGAAACAAGAAAAGCUAGGAACUCUCUUUUUCUCUUUAGAGUACAACUUUGAGAAGAAGUCAUUUGUGGUGAAUAUCAAAGAAGCACGUGGGUUGCCAGCAAUGGAUGAGCAGUCAAUGACUUCUGAUCCCUAUAUCAAAAUGACAAUCCUACCCGAGAAGAAGCACAAAGUGAAAACCAGAGUGCUGAGAAAAACCUUAGAUCCAGCUUUUGAUGAGACCUUCACAUUUUAUGGGAUCCCCUAUAGCCAAAUUCAAGAUUUAACCCUUCAUUUUAUGAUCUUGAGCUUUGACAGGUUUUCCAGAGAUGACAUCAUUGGAGAAGUCAUCAUUCCACUCUCAGGAAUUGAGUUGUCUGAGGGAAGGAUGCUAAUGAACAGGGAGAUCAUCAAACGCAAUGUUAGGAAGUCAUCUGGGCGUGGAGAAUUGCUGAUCUCUCUCUGUUACCAAUCUACAACAAACACUCUGACCGUGGUUGUUUUAAAAGCUCGGCACCUACCCAAAUCUGAUGUCUCAGGAUUAUCAGAUCCUUAUGUCAAGGUGAACCUGUACCAUGCUAAGAAAAGAAUCUCUAAAAAGAAAACCCAUGUGAAGAAAUGCACCCCCAAUGCAGUAUUCAAUGAACUGUUUGUCUUUGACAUUCCUUGUGAAGGCCUUGAUGACAUCAGCAUUGAAUUUUUGGUGUUGGAUUCUGAUAGGGGGUCCAGGAAUGAGGUCAUUGGCCGGUUAACCCUGGAAGCUUCAGCAGAAGGAACAGGUGGAGAGCACUGGAAGGAAAUUUGUGAAUAUCCUAGGAGACAAAUUGCCAAAUGGCAUAUGCUGUGUGAUGGUUAG